AAAUUCAAAUAUUGAAAUGGACGCUCUGUUUGUUUGAACAACUACUCUGAUCUGUGAUUUACCCUCCUACACUAGUGAUUUAAAAUGUGGGUAAACGGGACAAAUCGGCUCCCACACAGAGGUCAGAGCACACACUGUGCUUGUUUUUAGCUACAUAAUUUAACCAGUGACAGGUUAGAUGUGUGUGAAUCUGCGCGUUUGACUCAAAGCUGCUGACUCAGAUUUAAAUAUCCGUGGAAGGUGUGAAUGUGGCUGUCUUGGUCAUGUAGAUGAGUUGUAGGAAUGGCUCUGGGUGUGUCUUCAGUCAGGUUGUGGCCUCUCGUAACCACACAGACACACAAUAGGAUCAUUUGAGAGUGAAAAUUGGUGGCUCAGAGAGGCAGGCGGAGCCCAGGGGUGGAGGAAAAGGUAGAGUUGGUUAGUUGUUGGAGCAAGCCUGUUGCCGGGGGUGACGCCAGUCACAGGAGACAGUGCUUUAAGUGCACAGCCUGAUGGGAAUUAUGUCUCCAUAACAACUUCUCAGCUAUUUUGCAUUAACUUAAGACACUCGGUUGGUUAGCAGAGCUCUAACACACACACACACACGGAUAAUGUUAUGUCAUGAUAGACCUUUAUACUUAUAUUAUAAUCUUUGUGGUAGUUUCUAAUGUUUCAUUUUAAUUGUUAAGUUGGAUCUUUCUGCACAGUGGCUGUGAGGUUUAUGAGCGUUGCUGCUGGUAAUCUGUCAGCUUGGAAGCCAGUUUUGAGCUCCUGCAAAGUGUUAUUCAUUGAGUCAUAUUACCUAUGAAACAACGUAGUCUUAGAGAGCCAGAGUGUGUGUGAUGGGAACACUGGUUGGCAGGCCUCUGGUGGGGUUAGGCGUUGCCCUAUUAUAAACCAAAACACAACGUAAGGCUAAACAGUAAUAAUGGUAACCACUCGAAUGCAGCUUUGGUUGCUCAGGUUGUUGUGGCAGCAGUCUGGGGAGGGGGGGGGGAGCACACCAUGUUCCCACUAUCCUACCAGGCGGUUUAUAAACAGGGUUGCCAUUUUGUUGUUCCAUUUUAGGAAUAAGACCUUAGAUUUUUACGUGAGUUUAUUUGCAAACUUCUCAUAUUUGAAAGUGCUAUACCAAUAAUAGCUUCGACUACUUCAUUGAUUCUAUUUUACUGUUGCAAAAUGACUAGAAGUCUUGCAGAUAAUUCCGCAACAGAUCAGAUGAAUACUUUUUUUUUAAACGCCUUUCAAGAGUAAAUGUUAUUAGUAGAGUAAAGUGUGAGCCAUUUUCUGUCUUGCUGGACUGAAUAUUUUGAAUAACACGCAGCUUUACGGGAUCAGCGUCAAACUCUCUGUAACAUCUCCAACACCUGUCCCAAUUUAAUUAUUUUAUUUCUAUGUACUUUGUGUCUCCCUCACACCUGGACUCUUGCCCCCCCCCCUCUCUCUCUGCACAGUCAGAGGAGGCUAACUAUUGUUUGAUCAGCAGGAGAUUUGAGAAAGACAUUCCUCCCUGGAAUGAGGAAGAAUAGGCGAUGCUCUGAUUUAUUUUAUUUUAUUUUAUGCUGAGCCUUUGGUUUGUCAGCAACAAGGCCUGAAGAAGGAAGAAGGGAAAGGUGAAUUCAAAGGAUGUAACAGAGCAACAGGGUACACGCCAGGUGAGAAGUAAACUAGAUGAACUGGUACAGGGUUCAUACAAGUGGUAUUAAACAUUUACAGGCCUUUUACUUGAAGCAUUGUUGUAUCCACAUUAGCAACAAACUGAACACUGAUUGAAUAUAAGUCAAUACCUGUGGGCCUAAGAAGAAUUCAAAAGCAGCAAAUGAAAGAGGUUGUCUAUUGUUAUUAGAGGGAGGUUUUUGUUUUGGUAGGAGGUUAGAUUUCCUGUCGGGGUAGAGUGUAGCCUAAGGGCGGUAGUGUGCUGUCGUUUUUCUCUGGACAGAGAAGAAGGGCACAACUGGUAUUUGUUUUCUCCGAGGAAAUAAUUGACCGGGAAGAAAAGAGGAGAGCCGUAAUGCCACGUCUUCUCAUUCUUUCAGAAAAAGUUUGUUACACUGUUGGACGCGCUGGGCCACGUGAGAUCGACCCCAAGGUGGCGUUUCCCCGCCGGGCUCAGCCUAAGCUGGUGACCAGGACAAAGAAGAUCUUUGUCGGAGGACUGUCAGUCAAUACCACCAUCGAAGAUGUGAAGCAUUACUUCGACCAGUUUGGAAAGGUUGAUGAUGCCAUGCUUAUGUUUGACAAAACAACCAACAGGCACAGAGGCUUUGGCUUUGUCACCUUUGAGAAUGAAGACGUGGUGGAGAAAGUGUGUGAGAUCCACUUCCAUGAAAUCAACAACAAAAUGGUGGAGUGUAAGAAAGCCCAGCCCAAGGAGGUGAUGACGCCGACAGGCUCAGCCAGAGGCCGCUCCAGAGUGAUGCCCUAUGGGAUGGACGCCUUCAUGCUGGGAAUCGGCAUGCUGGGCUACCCAGGUUUCCAGACUACUACCUACACCAGCCGCAGUUACUCUGGAAUGGCUGGAAUGGCUGGAAUGGCUGGAAUGGCUGGAAUGGCUCCGGGUUACACUUAUCAAUUCCCAGAAUUCCAUCUAGAGAGGACCCCCCUCAUGACAUCAUCCCACCCCCAAGAGCUGGCAGCCAUUCCCCUGACUGCAUAUGGACCAAUGGCAGCAGCCGCAGCAGCAGCAGCGGUUAGAGGCUCCACCCCUUCACGCACAGCUGGUUUCCUGGGCACCAGCAGCCCUGGACCAAUGGCUGACUUGUAUGCUGCAGCCAACCAGGACUCAGGAGUCGGCGGCUACAUCAGCGCAGCUAGCCCCGCCCCCAGCUCAGGGUUUGGUCAUGGUCUAGGGAAAGUAUAUCCCCUCAUGUAUCCCCAGGGGCCCCUGAUGGCUACUGCGUUUACUAAUGGCUACCACUGAGACGACUCAGGACACUGAAGAUGGGAGGGCCUCUCUUCUGCUGACGAGCCAAUCAAAAAUACUGGCUGCCCUCUGAUGGCACAACCUGAUUGGCCGGGGCCACAGGCUCCUCCCGGCUCUCCGGGCUCCCUGUGGCUCCACCCACCGACUGAAUAUCUUUUUAAAAUCCUGAACUCUGUUUUGCUGUACUAAUCUCACUUCAACAUAACGUCCCCCAUCUCUCCUCUUUUGUCCUCAUGUAGUGUAAUAACUAGACCCCCCUCUUCCUCUGUUAUCCAUGAUCUUUUUCUGAAGCUGAGACAACAAAACUGCAACAAAAAAAAAAAAAAAAAAUCUCUGAGGAGACGUUUGUCAUUUGACAGCUCGCAGAGGACUAUUUAGAUUUUUUUAUUAUUGUUUUAUUUUAAUGUGACACGUCGCUUCAUCAUGAAAUCCUUCAACGCUGUUACUGAUGUGAACCCGAGAGAGAAGAAGCCGAGAUGGAUCUUUGUCUGAAAACCAUUUUUAAGAAUAGAAGAACAAAAUCCAACAAAGUCCUCUUUUUAACUCACGGAAACAUGAAAAAAAACAACUAAAAUGUAUAUUUUGGUAGUCUUUAAAAACAAAACCUUUGUAAUAUUGUUAUUAAUAUUGACAUAAUAAUGAUGAUCUGUAAGGUAUUUUAUUCUGUAAUUGGUUUUAAAGCAAUGUUUUUAUGUCUUCCUGUAAGAUAUUGUACAUAAAUGUUGGGUUGGGGGGGUGGAGGGGUUACUGAACCGGCCCGCAUGUCAUUGGGUGGUUUGGAAAGGGUUAACAGCUAUUUUAUUGGCUGUCAUCUACUACUAUGUGUGGUCAUCUCACUUCAUUUAUCAGUAUGCAUAUAGCAUAUUUGUACAUUGUCGGCCAGUCAGCUCCAGUGCACCGCUGUCGACUGCUGCGAAAUAUAACUUCCAGGAGUUUGUCUGGCACAUUUGCUCGGUUAAAUAACCGUUUUUUCACAAACUCAUCACUUUGUUUGCUCUACUUCCUAAAAAAGCAACUUUGACUUUUAUCAUUUUAACACCAUGGAUGAACUAGAUUUCUCACAUAUUCAUGAAAACAGGUUUAGAAGACGGACUACGGAAGAAUCACAACCUUUAACAGGAUAAAUCAGGGGGUUCACGGGGUGGGGGGUUGAUUUGACUUCCUCUUUUUUGAAAAUAUUAUAUAUAUAUUUUUGCGCGAUUCACUUCUUAAUGUUUUCUUUUUUAUUGUUUUUUUUUAAAAAUUCUUUUAUGCGGUGAACUCCACCGUGAAAACAAAUGAAGGACAUUCUCAGAGAAGCAAUUGUAGAAAACAUCACAAUCAUGUUCUGUCCUCUUAUCGCUAUUGAAGGUGCAUGUGAUUGCGUCUGAGUGUGUGAGUGAGUGUUUGUGCGCAUACAUUAAGGUGUAAUAUGGAACUACUUAUGGCAACGAAAGGAGCAUUUGAUUGCCGUUUUUUUUGGUACUGAAAAAAAAAAAAGAUCACCCUGCUCCAUUGCGGCUCAUCUGCUCUUCUCUCCCGACUCUCUCCCAUUUCAUAUUAAGGUUUGUUAAAUGUGUGCUCCUCUGGAAGCGACAUAUUGUUGUUUAUAUACAGUUGCUGCUCUGUAGUGGUGAACAGAGGGGGUUUGGGCAGGGAACCAGAAAUGGAACAGGGUCUCGCUCCCAGUCGGCUCUGACCUCAGAACAGACGACACUGGCUGGCAGGAAGAUUCAAAAAGCUGGAACAAAUUCAACCUUUUGCAAAAACAAGUGGGCUGUUUGUUCAGCCUUCUUGCUGCAGCCUGUUUGAUGUUCAGCACAGCAGAAAACGUCCUGAUCCAGCCAGAAGUUCCUCUGUCAGACCGCCUUGGACACGACAUAAAACUACUGCUGGACACCAACACUGUAACUUUUUAACUUACAAUAAAGCAAUAAGUUAUUUUUUACCUUACAAAUGAAAAUAGUACUAUUAUUGGUAAUGGCAGACGUGUGGAUAAUUCUGCGGCAUUAAGACUUAUUUUCAGAAAAGAAAAAAAAAGAAACUAUAUUUUUCUGUUUUGAGAUCUUGUUCCCCUUGUAUAUUGAUUUUAAUGAUGUCUUUUGUUGUGUUGAUGUAAAGAAAAGGGCCACUGCUUUGAAUGGAGCUUGGGUCUCUUCGUGAGCUCAAGAUUCGGGCUGUCCCCCGCCGAGCUUUACAACAAUGCUUUUUUUCCCUUGUUUUAUUUUUCUGAUAAUUUCAAUUUUAAAAUCCUAAUAAAUUAUUCUAAAGCGU